AUGGAAUAUUCUCUUUCUCCUUUGUUGUCAAAUCUUCAAAGCCUUUGGUUUUUUGUAUGCUUAAAAGCCCUAAUAUCUAACUUGAUUGCGAGAUAUUCAAAAAAACAAAGGCCAAAACUUCCCCCAGGUCCAAAGCCAUGGCUUGUGGUGGGCAACCUUCCUGAGAUGCUUACAAAAAAACCUGCUCAUCAAUGGAUACACAAUCUCAUGAAAGAAAUGAACACUGAAAUCGCUUGUAUCCGCCUAGGAAAUACCUAUGUUAUCCCAGUCACAUGUCCCACCAUUGCCAGACAGUUUUUGGCUGAACAGGAUGCAACUUUUGCAUCAAGAUCACUAACCACUUGCACUGAUCUCGUUAGUAGCGGAUAUUUAACCACAAUUUUAGUGCCAUUUGGGGACCAAUGGAAGAAAAUGAAGAAAAUCUUAAGAAGUUCUUUGCUUUCCUCAGAAAAGCACCUAUGGCUCCAUGACAGAAGGACUGAAGAAGCUGACAACCUUAUGUUUUACGUCUACAACAAAAGCAAAACUGUGAACAAUGGUGUUGCUGGCCUUGUGAACAUUCGAAGUGUUGCAAGGCAUUAUUGUGGCAACGUUAUCAGGAAAAUUGUUUUCAAUAAAAGGUAUUUUGGGAAAGGUAGGAAAGAUGGAGGCCCUAGUUUUGAGGAGGAAGAACAUGUUGAUUCCAUUUUCGUUUUACUUAGGUAUCUUUACGCUUUUUCUAUUUCUGAUUAUAUCUCAUGCUUGAGGAAACUUGACUUGGAUGGACACCAGAAGAAUGAAAUAAUGAUUGCAACAGUGGACAAUCCAUCAAAUGCUUUUGAAUGGGCACUUGCUGAAAUGAUAAACCAACCAAAUUUGCUGGAACGAGCCAUUGAUGAAUUGGACAGUGUGGUGGGAAAAGAGAGGUUGGUUCAAGAAUCAGAUAUACCAAAACUCAACUAUGUAAAGGCCUGUGCAAGGGAAGCCUUUCGCCUUCAUCCCAUGGCACCUUUUAAUCCUCCCCAUGUCUCAAUGAGUGGUACAACUGUGGGAAAUUACUUCAUCCCAAAAGGUAGCCAUGUAAUACUAAGUAGAAGAGAACUUGGAAGAAACCCAAAAGUGUGGAAAGAACCUCUCAAGUUUAAACCAGAACGUCACCUUAAGAGUGAUAAUGAGUCUAAUGUUGUUUUGACAGAGCCAAAUUUGAGGUUCAUAUCAUUUAGCACAGGAAGGCGUGGUUGUCCUGGAGUUUCGCUUGGGACCACAAUGACCGUGAUGUUAUUUGCAAGGUUGCUCCAUGGCUUCACUUGGACUGCACCAUCCAAUGUUUCAAAAGUAAACCUAUGUGAGUCCAUUGAUGGUUUAAAUCUUGCAGAGCCACUUAUGGCAGUUGCUAAGCCCAGAUUACAACCACAAUUAUAUCACCUUUAA